ACUGUUUGACCUAAGGCACAAAUGCAUUAGAGAAGGAUCUUUCGACGUCUCAUCAUACUUGUUUGUCCAGGAUGAGGAUCAAAUUGAGUGUGAUCCUGGUUCUCUGUCUCACGAGCCUCGAGUUAGUAUCAGCAUACAUAAUCACACCUCUCUCAAGAUCCCAUAACCAUGUUAAUACUUUCCAGCAUUGUUGCUUUUCGCAGAACUCUCGGCGUAAAGGCAGGACAUGCCAGCUCAGCAUGUUGGAUCUGCCUACCCUGAGUGAACUGAGCAGCAAUGCCCAUCUCCAUGAUCUCAAUGCUUUUGCGCACAACACGUUUUUGAAUCUUGCGACGGCUUACGAUGAAAAUGCUGCCUCUUUAUCACCGGCCGAUGAGACUCUGCAAACCAUGAUCAAGGCUGUUGACAUCGGCCCAGGAUCUGAAAAUCUGCAGCGGGCGUUGUCGAUAAUUGUCAACACGCCUGGAGUAAGACAAGUGCUACAGUUUACGCUGCCACCUCUCGCAUUGAUCAUCUCCCAAGCCAUAGAAGCGUUUCUUCCUAACUACAUGAAGUUGCUGGAUGCAGUGUCAAAGACCGGUGGACACGAGGGCUUGCUCCCUGAAGGCAUUGAUGUCACAAUGAGGGCGGUGCAACGGCUUGCUGCCCAGGGCGAGAUCAUUCGAGCUUUCCGUGUGUUGCAAGCGGCAUGGCCUACCACUCCCUUGCGAGCUGGAGUCGUUGGAGCUGUUCUCUUGUCGUUUUAUGCUUUGACACCCCCAGGCCUU